CAAUCUUGAGCCACAAGCACAUCUUUUAGGAGGGAAUCCUAUCCUACAAUGAACUGACCUCAAAAAGCUUUAGUUAAUAGGAAGAAACACUGAAGCCUUCAGAACACAUCAGAGAAACUAAAUCUGAGGGGAGCUCUGAGAAUCAUUCAGUUGUUAGUCCUAGACACUGCUUCUGUACUGGGAAUGAUGCUAGUGUGGAGUUUUAUGAUCCUGAAAGAGAGGCAACUCCUCUGGGCAAUCUUCUAUGUUUUGUGCCUGUUGGAAAAUCGAGUCUCUGGUGAGGAAACUAAUUCAAGUAGUAUUUCUGCAAAUACUACCAUUGCUGAGAAGUUGGCAGUAAUCACUACUCCUAGUUCUGCUCCUAGUAUUACCUCUUUAAGCUCCACUAUAACAUCACUAAAAGAGACAUUAAGCAAUGGUACCAAGCCAGAGACAUUUGCCAGCAUACCCACAACAAACUUAACUUCACCAAAUACAACAGCUAAGUCGUUUACUACACAGUGGAAUGCAAUAUUGACUACUAACAAUGAGACAACAACUCAAAGUUUAAGUUCAACACCACUUCUAACACAUGAACCUACUAAGCCAACAACAUAUAAUUCUACCAUUUCUGUUAUUACAGCCACAACUAAUAACCGUGAGAUGUUCAGCGUCUCAUGUAUGAAAAUCAAGCAGCUGCCUCCUGCCACUGAAGUGGUAUGCUUGGAACUCUAUGAAGUCCAAUCUUGUGAAAACUUUAAAAGAAACAAAGGGGAAGGAUUGAGCAAAUUGGUUUGUAAAAAACAACUUCCAUGCUUUAUUGAACUGGCUGACUCUGAUGUGAAUCAACACUGCAUGUUGUUGCUUGCAGUUAACAAUACAGAAAAUAUAGGUGCAAAUGCAUUACGUGGCUUUCUGGAUAACAAGCAACACGAUUUGAACGCGCUUGGGAUAAAAUUCCACAAGCAGGAACGCACUGAGAUUCACCAAGUCCAUUCUCGGGGGACCCUUAUUGCCUUGGUCACCACCGGCUUGCUGUUUGCAUUUUUGGGAUUGACUGGAUAUUAUCUUAUGAAACGACGAAGCUGGAGCCCCAUGGGAGAGAGGCUGGGUGAAGAUCCUUAUUACAUCGAAAAUGAUAGCCAUAGUAACCCUGAGAUCCCUGUGGCCUCUCAAGAACAAUCUGAUCUGCAGGAUAAACCAAAUCUCAAUGGAGGGGCUCGGGAAAAUGGAACUGGCCAGCCGUCCUCAAAAAAUGGACACCAAACAAAGCCCCAGGUUGUGGCUGACACAGAACUGUGAAAAUGCUGUGACCUUCUUAAUGCAGCUGGAAAAGCUCAACUGCACUUACAAAGAGGAGCUAGGAGUAAAAAAUCAUUAAUGAAAUUAUAAUACCUUUGUUUUAAUUGUUAACAUCUUAACAUUAAUUUUUCAGGGCCGAUGCAGCAGCAUUUGUGUAUAGAAAUUGUACAAUUAGCAAACUGCUUCAAUGGUAUUGGGUAUGUUCUUAAUAAAAGGGAAGUUUGGAGGGUUUUUUAUUUUAUUUUUCUACUUUUAGAUGUGAUAUCCUUCACAAUAGUUUAUCCAGGGAGACACAAGGCAUGUUUCCUAGAAAUUAAAAUUUUUUUCACUUAUUUGAGAGUUGUUUAAUAUCUAUCUGAUGCUGUUUGUAGUAAGAAAGGACAUUUCACUUUUUUAAAACGUAAUUUUAAUUUUAAUUUAAAAUAUAACAGAGAUGUAACAACUAUGGCUCCAGAGUAGUAGGCAGCUGAAAAUCCCUAGAUUUUAGUAAUCACCACCCUUUCUCAUACCCAACUUUCUGCCUUUCUGCAUUUAGGCUAUGGUGCAAUUUGUACAUAACAUAAACUGAUUGUAAGUCUGCAACUCAUCAAAACCCUUUUGAAAUAUGGUUGAGGCAGUUCUUAAACAACACAAAAUAAACUCUUCACCAGAUUUGCUUAUCUUGAAAAAACUGAGUAUCUUUUCCAUUUAAAAAAAAAUAGGAAAAAUUAGGAGACUUUUAUAACAUGAAAGUGCAGUAUAAUAGACAAUAGACCUAAAUCUGAAAUGCUCUGUCUCUUUCAAAAUUUGUUUUCAUUGUCCAUAUACUGUACAUAAGAACAAGCAAACAACUUUUUUUCCCUACAUAGUACUUUCUAGAUGCUUUGGGAUUGUUACUAUCAGAACUCAUACAAAGUACAUCCUUCGAAUUCCAAAAAUCGCUCAUUUUUUUUAACAUAAAGGAAAUAAAUCUGAAAUGUUAUUCUUAAUCUGGAUACAGUUAAUUACAUUGAAAUCAAGAGUGGAAUUAGUUGUAGUUACAUUAAGUGGAGUUACAUAUUUCUGAGCCUAAAAUCCUAUUUGAACAUCCUGGAGUUUAAAUACAAUGCAGUUUACUUCUAAAUAGACAUUUAUAUGAUGUCAGGGCCUUUAAAUCUAGUUUUCAAACAAAACAUGUGAGAGUCUAUUUGUAAAUGUAAAUAAAAAUGCAAAUAUAGCUAUAUUUAAGUUGUAUGUUUAAACAUAUCUAAGAUCACAAUAGUCAUGCUUUAAUUUAGCCUAUAUUUUAGGCUAAAUUAAAUAUUCUAACCCCAAAUAUUUUUCUCCAUUGCCUUCCUUCCCCUCAGUGCUCAUCCCGAAAUGUAUUGAUUAUUUAAGUUAAUUUGAAAAUAGAAUGUAGAACAAAAAUGUGACUAGGCUCUGAAAUGAAUUGUCUUUUUCAUAUUAAUUAUCAUAUUUUUGUGUUAACUGGAAAUAAUUCAACAACACCUAACAUGAAUGAUACUGCCUUAUUUACACUUGUCAUGGAAAGCAUUCGCUAGGUAUGGGAUAAUGACCAUAACAAUAAGUAGCACACUAGAGAAAGGAAUAUAUUUCUUCUUUUUAAUUCAAAUUUCCCUAAUCUGCUUUUGUUCAGAUAUGCUGGAACUAGAAUUCCUUGCCAGGUAUUGUCCAACUGCUGGUGCUAGAGAAUGAAUUAAUUAUUCAGUAGAUUAGUAUAGAUAGUCUUAAUGUUUACAUUUUUGUGUUAACAAGCAAACAUGAUUGUUAAUAUGGUAUAAAGAAAGCAUGUAUAUUGGAAUUGUCUCUAGUGUAAACUAUACAUAUGUGUAGAUAAUUUUCAUAAUUUAAAAAGGCAGCAUAUGUAUAUUUUAAUUGUUACUUAAUAUCUGAUUUCCAAAAUGCCAUUUUGAUUGUUUUGGGUUUGAUGUACUUAAUUGAAAAGAUGUAAUGGGCAAAAAUGAUUUGCUUUUAAAUUUGUCUCUGAAUGUUUGGCAAAAGUAAGUUUUCAGCUGAAAUAUUCCUUUACAUACAUACAGUAAUUAAAUAAUAGUAGAGGCAAAACAGCAUAAUUAAUGAUAGAAAAAUGAACAGCAUAAUUAAUGAUAACAAAAAAAUAAAAAUACACAGGAAUGGCUCAUGAUUUGUGUUAGGCUUUGCACAUUACAGCAAGCUUCUUUCCAUGUUGUCCAUUUUUAAGACGGACUUAAUUAGAAGCUGUUCACUCCACUAGAAUACCAUUUAUGGGGAGGUAGGGACUUCUUGGCAAGAUAAAGGCCACAAACAUCUCUCACAUGAAUCAGGCUUCUUGCUGAAAUGUCAUGGCAUGUGAGAAAGACUGAUAUUGUAGCAGGCUAACUUGGUUCCUUAAACUGCUUAACGACUAAUCCUUUGUUGAGAAUGCAUAGGACAAAGUGUUAUAUCCAUUUCACUGUUUCUUUCUGUGGAAAAGUAGAGAAAUGAAUAAACGAAUUUAAUACCAUGGUAAAGAUAGGAAAUACAGCUUUUAUCCUUACUUGGAAAGAAUACAGGCAAUAUAUAUUUUCAUUGCUUUAUGUUUAUGUACAACAAAAAGCGUGUCAAAUUCAUAGGUGAGACGGAAGUUGGGAUCUCUCUCUGUCUCUUUCUCCCUCUCUCAGUACAAAUCAAAAUCCUUUUUCAUUUCUUAGUUUUUCUUUCCACCAUCUUUUUUCCAUGAAUCCUUUAUUGGCUGAUUGCGAGCUAUUUAGUUAGUAUCAACUUUUAAGAACAAAACAGACUUUCUCCAGAAUGAUUUGUCCCAAGCCUGACACUUUAGGUUUCCUACUGUAUACCCAUUGCUGGUAUAAUCAAGUCUAUCUUUCUUCUGAUGACUGUCCUUUUCUUUUGCUUUCCAAUUUUCCAGCAUUGUAGACUUUCAGGUCAUCAUAUAAUAUGUUAAAAUGGUAGUCUGAGUCUGGUCUUGUGCCUCAAAUGAGAAUUCAAAUGGAUUUAUUAUAUGGUCCAUUUAUUUGCUUGGAUAUCUAUAGUAUUUUCAAAAGUUUUUUCCAAUACCAAAGUUCAAAAGCAUCUUUUUUAUCCUACUUCUUCAAAGCCCAACAUUGCUUGCACAAUUUUGAUUUUGAUAGUUUGUGGACACAUCAGAGCAUCUGAGUAUUUUUUCCAAAGCCUUCAUUGUAAUUCUACCAAAUAUCUGUGGUAUAUUUCUUUACUACUGAUUCCUUUACUAUUGAUACUGUAGUCAAAACCUAAAAUGGUUGCUUGCAAGGACUAACAUUAUUCAAGUUAUUGACUACCUUGUACCCCUAUAUCUUUCAUGACUAUGAAACCACACUGUUCAUUGUUUUUAUUCCUUAGUAGGAAUAAAAAUUACUACAAUUAUAUAAUUCUUGACCAAACAUGCUCAGUUUCAAUCCAUUCCACUUUACCAAUGCCUAAGAAGCCCAGUUGUAGUUGAUUUAUUUGUUUUUCACUUUGUUGAACUUUCUUAUAAUCAUGCUUUUUAUGUUCCAUUUUCUCACUGUAAUUCUGCCUUUGCAGCUUUUCCCGUACAACAACAUCAGCAACUAUAUGCCCCAAAGACUUUAAUUUAGCUGUAUCAUAAACACCAUUAUAUUUCAAAAGAUCCUCAGCAAUUCUGCAAUAGCAUAUUGAAUGGCAACCCAUCUGACACUAUCUUAUUGCUCAGUUUAUGACCAUAUGAUAAGGAAUAUCUAGUUUGGGGGCACAGAACAAGUGAGCCUAUUUGAACAUUUGAGAGCAUAUUGUGGGCAUUCCUAGCUGGUUUUCUUGGGGAGUAUGAGCAGUUUGAAAGCAACUGUUUAUCAGGUAGCAACUUAUCCAAACUGAGCACGUGGUUCUAGCUCAAGGAUAUAGAACAUUUUCAAAGAAAUGCUUUCCAGAACAAAACAUUAUUCAGCAUCCAUACAAGCUACAUGGGCUAAGUCAUGCUGAAAUGUUUUGAGAACUUUCCAUGGCUUCUUCUCUUCAUAUAUACACAUAUAUGCAGAAGAUACAUAUCUUCUGCAAAUCAGCCAGACAAAAUAGUAGAGUCAUGAUUAAUAUCUCUCUCUCUCUCUCUCUCUCUCUUUUAGUUAAGACAUUGGUUUAAAUUAAUGGAUCUGCAAAAUGAAGCAGAACCAUUUCACACAUUAUGCUUAGAGAGAUAUUCAUGGCACCAUUCUGGAGACUGAAUACUGGUGAAAUAAGCAUUACCAUAAUAUAAUAUGGGUGGAGAAAGAAAAAGAAGAUAAGACAACACUAUACUCUGGAAAUGGUGAGGUAGAGCUGAGGAAUCUUUCAGUCCCCAGAAUUGAAAAUAAUCCUUCAAAAUAAGGCAUAGAAAGACAUGAGUUCAAGAAACCGAGCAAGUGUUAGCCUGGAUAUAACUACCUUAUUUCUAAAUAUGUGAAACUGAAAGUCUCUCGUGUUAUUGGAAACUCAUUGUGGUCUAUACUAUGCCCUGUUCUUCCAGCUUUGGGACAUGAUUUCAAAACAUGAAGCCAUUUCCCCACUCUAUCUAAAGGGCAUUUUGAGAUUUAUGAUUAUGUCCAAUAUAAUUAGACAUAUACAAACAUACUACUCCCUUCACUCUAAUUUUAUGUGAUAUGGAGAUGAGAUGCCUACAAAAAUGCUACAUUUUCCUGUAAAUUCUAUGCCUCAAGGGUCUUGAAAGGCUGCUAUUCCUGUUUUUUCCCUUCCCUAACUGUUCAUGCCCAGCUUAUCUGCAUAUUACUAGCCAGCUUUACUAAUGCAGCAGCAAUAUAAAUUUAUAAUGCUUUAAAUUUUCCCUAUUCUUACUACUGUAGAGAUCCUUAGAAGUUGAUAAUUAAAGAAACUAGCACAAUCCAUACAUUGUGUUUGAAAUAAAGGCUUGUUUGCAAAAACAAAUGUAACUUCUACAGCUUAAUUGUUCACUCAGAUGUUAAAUAAAUCUUUUAAUAUCAAACAUCCUAUCUCUAACAAAUUUCUCUUCUCAGAAAAACUGUCUUGAUUUAUACAGGGUAAGAAAACAAAAGCUGUUCCCAAACUGUCUGAAGCCAAAGGAAAUGAAAGGCACGACACCAAUAGAGGUGCAGAAUAUGAGAGAAUGCCAAUCCGGAAAAGGCUGUGGCCAAGCUACAGGAAGUUUUCUCCAAGUGUAUAAACAUACUCAGCUUUGGCUUGAGCACAGCUGUAGGUGUUAUUACUUUUUCCUUAUCAACCCACAUGCAUUUUUCCUUGCAAAAAUUCCUUCUUAAUCUUUUGUUUUGGAAAGCAUGCUACUGAUAAAAUGCUCAGUUUCCUCCUGCUCAGUUUCUGUACAGCUGAUGAGAAAAGUACAGUCAAUAUUUAUCUCCUUUGCAUUCAUAAGUCUCCCCUAAUUAAAAGGAAAAGUGCCUGCUGCCUCGUUCUUCAUUUAAUUUGUGGAAGAAAUCAUGGUCUGUUAUUUAUAGCAAUAUGCAAGAAAAAAUAAUGGGUAAAGAACUCCUUCCAUCAAAUGAUUCACAUUUUUUUCCAUUGCAUUUUGCUGUAGAAGUAUCCAAAUCAACUUUCAGUUUUAUGCAUCUCUAAUUAAUUGAACUUAAGCAAAAGGGCUGGAAGACUUUUGCCUGUAUCCAGGCAAUGAAGUUGGUGUUUAGUUAAAUGGACUCAUACUCUGAGUCAUUGUAAAUUGGACUCUCAUAUCUUACGUUUAUGCAUUGCAAACAACAUUUAGAAGGAUAAAUAAUUAGCUACCAAUAAAUUUUUACAAGAACUUAAAUAAUUUUUUCUUGGAUGUUUUACUGAAUAAUAUACAUUCAGCUAAAGUGAGAAUUGGCCAAAUAACAAGUGGUUGCAUCCACAAACUUGGGGAAAGAUUUGAAAGUA